AUGCUUCGUCAGUUCACCAGAAGUUUGGCCAGGUCGGCUAUUCUUCGACAAAAAAACCCACUCAUCCACGAAAAUGGACUUUAUUACGGUAAGUUCACUAAGGAAGAGUAUGAGGAUGCCAAAGCUUUCGUAACGACCCAAUAUGAAAAGUUGGAGAAGGAUAUCAAAGGUUCUCAUAAUAUUCGAGAGAACGUGGGAAAGAUGGCCCAAUUUCCUGCUAAAGGUCCCCUGAAGAAAGUGAAUAACCUUCUGGAUUUUUUCCUGGAGAUGAUCAAAACAACGGGUCCGAUCUCUCUCUCUGCAUUCAUGAGACAAUGUCUUACCCAUCCUGAUUAUGGAUAUUACACUACAAGAAAUCCACUCGAUACAUCCAGCGGAGAUUUUAUUACAUCUCCAGAAAUCUCUUCUGUCUUUGGUGAAAUGAUCGGUAUUUGGCUCUACACUGUAUGGACCAGUCAAGGAAGCCCGGAAUCUAUCAAUGUGAUAGAGUUUGGGCCUGGAAGAGGAACCUUGAUGUACGACGUUAUGUCUGUAUUUACCAAAUUUGUGAACAAGCUGAAUAUAGACGUAAAGUGCAAUAUUGUGAUGAUCGAGGCUUCUCCAGUUCUUCGUAAGGAACAGUGGGGUUUACUCUGUUCUCAACUGUCUGCUUUUGAGAUAGAUGAGGCUGGAUUUAACGUUUCUAAGACAAAAUGGGGGACGCAGAUUACUUGGGUGGACACAGAGAAAGAUAUCAUCAGCAAGCCGGAUGAUGUAAAUUAUAUUAUCGCACAUGAGUUCUUCGACGCUUUACCUAUCAAGUCUUUCACUCACACUGAGCAUGGAUGGAGAGAAUUACUAGUUGAACACUCUUCAUCAGUGGUCAACACGCAGGGAAAGCUUCCAUCUGCAGAGUCUGACAACCCACAGACUCCUACUCCAGAGAGUUUGGAGGUAGACUUUCACCUUACAGCCUCACCAAAGGAAACUCCAUCUUCGACAGUUCCUACAAUCAGCGAAAGAUUCAGAGACUUACCAGUAGGGACUAGAAUUGAAGUAUGCGCUGAUGCUGAGUUGUACAUGAAGAAGAUCAUGCAACUCAUUGGAGGCGGAACCAGAAGCGCAGGAGGAGCUUUAAUUAUUGAUUAUGGAUUAGCUGACGAGAUUCCACUGAACUCCCUCAGAGGUAUUUACAAGCACCAGUUUGUUUCUCCAUUUUAUAAGCCCGGAGACGUAGACUUGUCGAUUGACGUUGACUUUGAAAAUCUAAAGUUGAUUGCCUCGCCCCAAGUGGAUGUUUUUGGUCCUGUCGAACAAGGUGAUUGGCUACACGAACUAGGGAUUGGGUACAGAUUUGACCAACUUAUCAAAUCAGCUAACCUGAUGGCAAAUAAAGAGCUGCUUUAUGAGUCUUACUUGAGAUUGACCUCGAAGGAUGACAAGGGAAUGGGCAAGAUAUAUAAAUUCAUGGGCUUGCUUCCAAAAGGGUCUGCGAAACCCGUAGGAUUUGGAGGCUCAGUUUAA